AUGCCACAAGUCCAUGAAUUUCUCUUAUAUUUACUUAAUUAUUUUUAUUGGUUUUUUGAAACCAUGGAUAAUACUUUAUCAAAAAAUGAACGAUAUAUAGAUCGUUCACAAAUGGAAAAAAAUCGUAUUCGUAUUGCAUAUGCUAAUUUACUUACUUGUCUACGUGAACUUGGUUGUAAAUAUGCUAUAUUAUUAUUAGGUAUCGAUCUAAAAGAUUUUCAUCAUAUGCGUAAUGGCGAUCUUUAUUAUUCAUGUACACAUAUUGAUCGAACUAUAUAUGAAUCUCUUUUUAUUUUUUCAACAUAUUUUACUUGGAUUACAUUUUAUAGACAAAAUUUUGAUUCGAUUCGUAAUGAAUUAGCUAGAUUAUUUCGAGCUGAUGGUGAUGUUGAAAUGCUUCAAAUUCCAACGACAGAAAGUUUAGAAGGUCGAAUGAAAAAUGAUACAGUAAUUGAUUCUAUAAAUCGACAUAAACUUAUUGAUUGCACUGAAUUUUUUUCAAAAUCAAUGGCUAAAAAAGCUGCAACUACAAGAAUAAGUGAAAUACAGAAUAGAAAAAAUUCUCUACAACGUACAAGUUUAAUGUUUUGGAAUUUCAAUAAAAAAUCUAGUGAAUCAAAUACAUGGAUUAAACAACAUACAUCAAAAAGUCGAUUAAAAAGUGUUUUAGCAAAAGAUUUCCAUGAUCAAAGACAAAAAUUAUUUAUUUCUCAACGUAAAAAUCGUUUGCGUGGUAUUUUAACAAAACAGUUAAAAAGUCGAAAUCAAAGUCUUAUUGAAGAACAAUAUCGUCAUUUAAAGAAUACAAAAAUACAUAAACAAUUAAAUAUGGAAGAAAUUCAAAGUAAAAUACGAGAAAGAGAAAAAGUGAAACGAGAACGUCUUAUUAAACAACAAAUAUUAAAUUCUUCGUUUUAUAAAAAUUCAUCAAUUCUACCUGCACCACCAAAUCCACUGGAUAAUCCUCGCAUGAAAAACAAUCAAACAAUUCUACCUAAAAUUCAAUUUCAAUUGAAAGAAAAUAUUGGAAUUAUUGGCAAAUCUUAUUCAGAUUUUGAUUUAAUACGUUUGACAUUAAAACCAAAUAUUGCAGAUAAUAUCAAUAUGCCUACAGAAUUUCUUGUUACUUUACCAGAUGAAAUUUCACAAAAGGCAGUUAAUGCAUACGCUGCCUAG